GUUUGCAGUGUCAGCCAAACACAAAGCUACAAACACUGAACCCAGCACGUUGCCAUGAGAAGCCGAAUCACGAAGCCAACAACACAGCCGUAACCUCUUUUACAUCCGAUUCCAAAAUAUCGAAAUUCUCGCUCCAAUCUACUCAGAAUCGAAUCUGCAAUUUGCAAUGAGUGAGAUCACUUCACCUUCGCCGGAAAUUCAAUCCAAUUCGAGUUCUGCUAGCUCCGAUAACGACCCUGACCCUCCCAUCCACCUCCGGUUGCCUCCCCUCUCGUACUCCCUCUUCGACGCUGAACCCUCCGAACCAAACGGCGUCGUUCACGGAUCCGCUUCUUCUGAACCUCCAAAACCCUCGCAGUCGCACGAGGUUGUGAUUCGCGGCUCCUCCGAACCUCCCAGCCCUAGCAGCAGCGGUUACGCCGGGGAAAGAGGCAGCAGCAGCGCCACCAGCAUCUCCGCUGCCGAUGACCUAACUCACCACGAAAUUGAGGAGCUCAGCAUCCACGGAUGAUGCUUCCAUUUCAUGGAGGAAAAGGAAGAAGCAUUUCUUUGUUCUCAGUCAUUCUGGCAAACCUAUAUACUCUAGGUAUGGGGAUGAACACAAGCUUGCUGGGUUUUCAGCAACGUUGCAAGCUAUCAUUUCAUUUGUGGAAAAUGGGGGUGACCGUGUAAAAUUGGUGAGGGCCGGAAAUCAUCAGGUGGUUUUUCUUGUGAAAGGGCCUAUUUACUUAGUUUGCAUUAGCUGCACAGAAGAGCCUUAUGAGUCGUUAAGAGGGCAGUUGGAGCUUAUCUAUGGCCAGGUGAUUGUUAUACUGACAAAGUCAAUAAACAGAUGUUUUGAGAGGAAUCCAAAGUUUGAUAUGACACCCUUGCUUGGUGGAACAGACAUCGUCUUCUCUUCACUAAUUCAUUCUUUUAAUUGGAAUCCGGCUACAUUUCUUCAUGCUUAUACCUGUCUGCCCCUUACAUAUGCAACAAGGCAAGCUGCUGGUGCUAUCUUGCAGGAUGUUGUGGAUUCAGGUGUUCUGUUUGCAAUACUAAUGUGCAGGCACAAGGUAAUCAGUCUAGUUGGUGCACAGAAAGCCACACUUCAUCCAGAUGAUAUGCUACUGCUGGUCAACUUCAUUAUGUCAACAGAAUCCUUUAGGACAUCUGAAUCAUUUUCACCUGUUUGCUUGCCAAGAUACAAUCCUCUGGCAUUUUUGUAUGCUUACAUCCAUUAUUUUGACGAUGAUACAUACUUGAUGUUGCUGACCACUCGUUCAGAUGCUUUUUACCAUCUCAAGGAUUGCAGGAUUCGUAUCGAAACCGUCCUGUUGAAGUCCAAUGUCCUUAGUGAAGUUCAGAGAUCUUUGCUAGAUGGUGGAAUGCGUGUUGAAGAUCUGCCACCCUUACCUCCUCAUUCUGGAUCAUCAUCUCAUCUGGGCUAUCCCGGGCUUCCAACAGAUUCUCCUUAUAGAUCGAGGGAACCGGGUUCUGGCACUGGUGGUGCUGCUGGUUUGUGGCAUUUCAUAUACCGAAGUAUAUUUCUGGAUCAAUACGUAUCUUCAGAUUUCUCAUCACCAGUGAACAGUCCUCGGCAGAAGAAAAGGCUAUAUAGAGCUUACCAGAAGAUUUUUUCUUCAAUGCAUGAUAAAGGAAUUGGACCUAACAAAACUCAGUUUAGAAGGGAUGAAAACUAUGUUCUGCUCUGUUGGGUAACACAGGAUUUUGAGCUUUACGCUGCAUUUGAUCCCCUUGCAGACAAGGCCUUGGCAAUAAAGACUUGCAAUAGGGUUUGUCAAUGGGUAAAAGAUGUUGAAAAUGAAAUAUUUUUGCUAGGAGCUAGCCCCUUUUCAUGGUGACUUCCUAUGAAAUACUGUAAAGAUGUACGAUUUGUCAAGUGUCACGCCCACUCCCAAAAUGUUUCUUAAGUCGUCAUCAUCAGCUGUUAAGAGUAUAUGAACUAAAGGUGUUGCUGAAAUGAUGAUUCCUGUGCCUGCAUUAAUAUGGCACUCUUGUUUUGGGGGAACCAACAGCUUGCUCAUUACUUGCCACAGUACCGCAGUUUGGUUGUUAAGUCACUACAAAGUCUGUUAGUUGUAUAGCAUAUAGAUAGACUAUUGAUUCUAGUAGAUUAUUUUUGGGGAACUAUCUCACAAAUAAGCUUAUAUUCAAUUACAAUUUUGUUCCGGUUCCAUUCAUAGCACCUUUGUAUCAAUUUUUAGUUUGUACAAGCGAUGAGUAUUUUAUUCUGAUCCCUUUUAUAUAUCA